AUGGCACGCAAAUAUCUUGGAGGCUCUGGUGAGCGGCUGACAGUAUGGAUUUCCAUCGCUGCCAGUACGGUACUCGUCUUCUACGGUUACGAUCAAGGUGUCUUCGGCAAUGUCAUCAUCUCAGAGAACUUCCUCCAUACCUUUGGCUACCCGUCUGCCAACAUGCAAGGUGUGAUGACGUCCAUCUACAACAUCGGCUGCUUCAUCGGAGCAAUGAGUACCAUAUGGACUGGCGACAUUCUCGGACGCCCAAGGCAGAUUCUCCUCGGUUCGACAAUCAUUGGCAUCGGUGCAAUCAUUCAGACAUGUAGUUGGACUGUAGCGAGCAUGAUGGUUGGGCGCAUCGUGGCGGGGCUUGGUACUGGCAUGAACACGGCAACGGCUGGAGUUUGGCAGGCUGAGACCAGUAAGAUGAACAGUCGAGGAAAGCUCGUUAUCAUCCAGAUGGCGAACUGCAUCACCGGCUUCAGCAUCUCGAAUUGGCUUACUCUCGGCUUUUCGUUCGCACCGCGCGAUAUCGCAUGGCGUUUCCCGCUCGCGUUUCAGCUCUUCUUCACCCUAUGCAUCUACGCCAUGUGCCCAUUCCUACCAGACUCCCCUCGGUUGCUGAUCCGCAAAGGCAAGAUCGAUGAAGCUUUGGAAGUUCUUGCUGCGCUCGAAGGCCAUGGAGCGACCCCAGAAUCACCCUCGGUUAUCACGCAGUACAACAUCAUCAAGGACAUCCUCGACCGCGAGCAAAUGAACACGUACACAUGGACGCAGCUCCUUACAGGCAAGGGCCCAAGCGGUGUGCUGCGACGCAUGCUUCUGGGCGCAUGGAUGCAGGCCAUGAACCAGAUCUCCGGAAUCAACGUUACGAGUUACUACAUGUCUUAUAUCUUUAUCAACGCCUUGGGGAUAUCCGAGCUACUAUCGCGCAUCCUCGCUGCUGCUGGGUCUGUCGACUAUCUCAUCUUUGCUUGCUUGGCAUACUUCGUCAUUGAGCGAUAUGGACGUCGCAAGGUCAUGAUGGUCUCGGCUGCGGCAUGCUCCAUUUGUUGGAUCGUCAUCGCAGCAUCGCAGGGUCAGACCGAGAAAGGUGGCGACUCGUACAAGCUCGGCAUCGUCGCUGUUGCGUUCUUCUUCGUAUUCUUCGCCAGCUUUGGCAUGGGCGUGCUAGGGGUGCCUUGGCUGUACCCGACCGAGAUCAACGCGCUUGAGAUGAGGACGAAAGGCGCUUCACUCGCGAUGGCGACCAACUGGAUCUGCAAUUAUGGUGUUGUACAAGCAACCCUUCCCGGUAUUCAGAACCUAGGCUACAAGUUCUGGAUCAUCUGGGCAGUCAUCUGCUUCUCCUUCAUCCCGAUCACGUACUUCCUCUACCCAGAGACGGCGAACCGGACGCUUGAAGAUAUCGAUCGCUUCUUUGAAACGCAACCCGGUAUCUUGAUCCAUCGGAACAAGCUCGCUAUACAGCUACAUCGCCCAGCCGAAUUCAUCGAAGCUGAUGCCAGGAUUGCUGCGCAUGAAGAGGAGAAGUUUGAGAAGGGGCUCAGCACGGAGCAUGUUGAGACAAAAGAGACAGUGUGA